GUUUAUUUUCAGUCUGCAUUAAUUUCUGUUCGGAGUCUCUUCGACUCAGAAUUGAGCACAAUUGCAUACAUCUGGCGUCAUCAUUGUUUUGUUUUGUUUUGUUUUGCUUCACUUAUUUUAAAUAAUUUGUGUGUAUACGUUUUUUGUAUUUUUAUUUCUAUAACUCCACCAAGAUGGAACUUAACUCUCUUCUUCUCCUUCUUGAGGCAGCAGAGUAUUUGGAAAGAAGAGACAGAGAAGCUGAACACGGUUACGCGUCGGUUUUACCUUACGAUAGUGACUUCUCAAGAAAGAAAAGUAAAUCUUCGCCAAUUUCAAGAAAACCUCACAAUAACAGGUCAUCACAUAAUGAGCUGGAAAAACACAGACGUGCCAAACUGCGACUGUACCUGGAGCAGUUGAAACAGCUUGUGCCUUUGGGUCCUGAUAGCACCCGUCAUACCACACUGAGCCUGCUCAAACGCGCCAAAAUGCACAUCAAGAAGCUGGAGGAACAGGACAAAAAGGCUGUAAAUGUUAAAGAGCAACUGCAGAGAGAACAUCGCUACCUUAAACGACGUCUGGAACAGCUUUCUGUGCAGGGCUUAGAGCGCAUUCGUACUGACAGCAUGGGCUCCACCAUCUCCACUGACUCUGAGCAAGAGGUGGACGUGGAUGUGGACGUGGACGUUGACAUUGAGGGUAUGGAGUUCACUCCAGGCGAGAUUGAUAGUCUGGACAGUAUUAGCGAUGGUGAAGACCACUACAGUCUGCAGAGCAGCUCCAGUGACGGAGGCCACCAUUCACAUUCCCACAGACUGCAGGCUCAUAUCUACUAGUCUGUGCCAUAACGCAACAGUGUUUCUCCUCCAACAUGCACAUCAGCCUCUACCAGCUGGCAGGAAGCACCUGGCUAAACCUCCUCACGUGAUUUCCACUCCUUAGAGAACUCUUUCUUCUCCUAACCUUUUACAGCACCUUAUAUUAGACCACCUCCCCCUCCCCCACCACACAGGAAUGCAUUGACAAGCAAUCUGCGGUUUUAGUGGUAACGUAUUUAGUGUAGUUAUGCAAUUUUGACUUGUCUGUUUGUGUAUAAGAAACUGUGGCUUUCUACUGUCUGUAUAGGCAGCAACCUUCUAUGGGGUUUAAGACCAAACGUGUUUUAAAUGCCUGUGAAUGCAAGGCCCAUACUGCCUUUGAUUUGGCACAGCUUUUAUAUUGCUAGGCAACGACAGAGGCAGCUGUCCUUUCAGUAAAAUAUUGAAGCAUGAGCGCUCUUCGAGGGUGAUUGAGGGUGAGAGGUGCACAGACACGCAGGAGACAGUAAGUGAUUGGAGUCUCCAGUUGUUCCAAACAACGGUAAACUUCUGUCAAUACAAUGGAUGGCCCGCCUCUCCCCUUAUUCGAUUGAACUAUGGAAGAACGCGAAUGACAUCGGGUGCUUUUCCGCUUUGAGUGGUCCUUCAAAAAUGCAUGCCGCGAGAUGUGGCCAAGGCGUUUGCCGCAUAACGCUCACUGCCCAUAGAAAAUCAUUAAAAAAUGUGCCUGCCACUGCUUAUGGUACUAAGACCGCCGGAAAAUUAAAAGUAUAAAAAAAUAGUCCCCUGCUAUUGAAAGUUACCAAGGGGACUAUUUUCGGGCACUGCGUAAUAUCAUAUUUGGUUAUUUUUUAAGGGCGCGAUGCUAAUGGACUAAUCAGAUUCUAUGAAUUGUGAUUAGCUAUGCUAAAAUUGGUGAUCGGCUGAAUGGAUUACAAAACGGUUAAAAUCAAAUGUUUAACUCUAGGGGAGCUGGAAAAUGAGCCUAUUUUCAAAAAGUGUAGUGUCCCUUUAAAGUCCUGCACUUGGUAGGUUUUUCACAGCAUCUGAAGUUUGCUAAUUAUCUGUGAUUUCUCUUUUGAGAUACCACACGCGUGCAUGUUUGUUUAUGACAAGGUCAUAAGGAGUGUGUGAUGCGCUGUUCUGUCAUGCUGGUGACUGAUCUCAGCUUCAGCGCGGAUAGUGACGAGCUCCCUGAUCUCUGCUUCAGUUCAGUGUCCGACAUUUCUCAUUGUGAAUGUUGAAUUGACUUUAACUCUUUCCCCGCCAUUGACGAGAUAUCUCGUCAAUUAAGAGAAAACGCUUCCCCGCCAAUGACGAGAUUUUCCGUCUUUCCGCAAUACCGCUAUUAUCCACCCUUCCGCAACUUUUUAAAACCGGAAGUAUUGCCCUAUGGCAAGCUGCUGCAUGUCUGUGUCUGUUUUAAAGAUCGCUCUGAAUGGGAUCUCUAUGAAAAGUCCGUCAUAAAAAUGGAAUUAUAUCUGCUUUUUGCUCAAAAUAUGGUGUUUUUGCAAAAACCUACCCAUAUUCAAAUGCUGAUUGCAAAAGAACCACUAAAGGUAGGAUGAAACGGUUUUUUUUGUUUGAAAGCAGAGGGUCGGUUCUUUCAUUUGGUAUAUUGUAUGUUUAUAUAUUUAAAGAAGAACAUUUUCUGGAAGGCAUUAAACUUUGGUGAAAAUCAUGAAAAACGCUGGCGCUGGCUGGCAACUUUUUUUAAAAACGCUGGCGGUGAAAGAGUUAAAUUCCUGUGUUAAAGAGUUGAACCAUAACUUCUGGUUGCAAAGACACAUGCGUCCUCACUACGGCACUCCCCUUAUGGCAUUGUUUCUGCGUCUUGUUCACACACAAUUCUUUCCGUGUAUGUUACGGCAAUGUUACUCGGUCCUCUUAACGGGAGCGAUCCCAGAAUAUUUUCGGGACGUGUUUGUGUUCACACAGAAGCCUCUGCUAAUUUUAAGAUGAUAAUUUUCUGGGACCAAAAUGCUGUGUGAUAGUUGGCUAAUGAUGCUUUUGGAAUACACACCUCUGGGCCCUGUUGCACCAGGUGGGCGUAACCUGGUCGUAAGUCUAGUCUGGACCUAAAAUGCGAUUUAAGUCCGAUGAAGAAUUUACACCUGUUGCACCAUCUAGGCAUAGCGCAUGUCUGAGGCUUGACUUGUUUCUGUGGCAAAAAUAAAAAUAAUGAAAUGUGAUGAGACAUUGGCGCUUCUAAUGCACAUGAUACGCGAGCAGUGUGCUUUCAUGCAUGGCAAAGAGAAUGCACCAAUAAAUUAUAUCAUAAAAUAUAAACAUAUUUACAAAGACACAGGAGAGAACUUAUUAAAAGCUUUCAUUUAAUUUCGUUUUAAUACAGAGCUGUUAGAAUUAAUCUGCAAAUUAUUACCUUUUGUGCAAACGGUAAAGGCUUUCGUUAAGUUAAUUUGCAGGUUGUGUUUGAUCUUGAGGGAGAGCGCACUGCUAAACAUGAGGUUUGUGAAAAAAGCUCUCAUUUGUCAUCUCUUAGCUGGCGGCAGUAAGUGUACGUUUUUAACCAUAGUAAACGCAAAUGGCUUCUCAAGCUGAAAUAGCUGCAACUGUUCAUAGUUUCAGAUGGUGCAACAGGGGUAAAUAUUUUUCACAAUGUCGGACGUAGCUAAGCCUAACGUAAGGCUUACACACAACUGGUGCAACCGGCCCCAGAUCUUCUGUCAGAUGCUCCUAAACUUUAUCAAAAAUAUAGUUUGCUUUGAUUGUAAAGCACUUUGGGCUUAGUUAAUUUGCUUUGUACGUAUGUGUGUCUUUAAACUCAGCACUGAAACAGACAAGUCAAAACUGUUUUGUGUUACAGUGUGGUGUGAAAGCUCUUUGUCAAGGUGUUGGUACUACCACAGAAUAACAUUGCUUUUAAUUGUGUCUUUCUCUAACAUGCAAUAAUUUUACAAGCCUUCAUGCUUGGGUUCUACAGCAGUAUAUUUAACAAUCAGUGUGCAAUAUUCAGUAGUCUUUAUAAAAGAGAGUUUUUAGAGCUGGAAAUUCCAACACUUUGCAAAGAGACCCAGUCUGCAAAGCAGGCUUGACUGAUAACAGCUAAAAAAAGACAACAAACAAAUGUACAUUUAAAAAAGAAGCCAAAUGUGUUGUUCACUAAAAGUGAUGUUAACAAGUGGAGUUUAUAUUUUCUAUAGUAACUUUUGUAUUAUAUUUGUUCCUCGAUUGAAAGAUAAAAAAAGAGUAUAUACUAUAUAUUUUUAAAAUGACAGAAUAUAAGGACAGGCUCUAACAUUUAUCCCUUAGAUUUCCCACUUUCUUCGUGUGCCUUGGUGACUUGUCAUAUAUCUGUUUCUCUCCUUGUCAUGUUGACACAUCCCUCCAAUUUUGCCACUUCACAACCUCUAUCCUCAGGCCUCAGGAUAGUGAUGAAAAUAUGAGUGUGUUUAACCAUCAGUUGGUCACAUCUAAGCUCCACCUUUUUAUUCUCUAAAAGCAUACUGUCUUUUUUCCUGACACACGACACUGAUCAUCUCCUCACAUGGCAGCUCAUCAUUAUAACUCUCAUCACCAGUUUAUUUCAUUGGGCUUUGCUUUAUGUUUUUGAAUAUCUGUCAAUAUCAUUUUCCUCAAGCCUGUUUUGUAUUUCAAAAAUAUGAAGUGGAGAAACUUGGGAGAAGAGCAUCAGAAUCAAUCAUUAAUGGCAGCUCGACACACCCUCUCCCCGCCACCAGUUGUAGUUUCUGUUGUGUGAUAGCGGUGAUCAUAGUAUUGGAUCUUCUCCCCAUAGGAGCUAAGAUACAGCAAUAUGAAAUAUAGCUUUUAUAUUUGCAAUGGGGUGGGGACUAGGUAUAUUGGUAAGCAGCACUGAUUCAAUACUAUGGUGCAUAUUGUGACCAACUUAUUGAGGUUUCAUUUUAUUUUUAUAUUGAUUUUUACCUCUCCAUUGUUUUCAAACAGUGGAAAAAUGGAGCAAAAUGUUUUUUCAUGAAGAGUUUACAUUUAUGUCAUGGAUAUACCUGACUAUUGUAGCAAAAUAUUAUUUUUAAUGUGUACCUGUGUGUUGAUCAAUUGACAAAAAAACUCAAGCUUGCACAGAACCUCUCAUUCAUGUGGUGUAGUUGGAAGUUUACAGAUUUGCAAUUGUGGGUUACACUUGAGGUUUUAUAGAAUAUCUAUAUGAUUUUAACUUUCAAUUAACGCAAGAAAUAUCAUGCCACAUAUUUUGCAUGGGAGUCAGGCUAAAAGUCAUUUGUGAUGAAAGUAACACUUGUUACAGAGACUAUCCAGUAUGCAGGGUCUUAAAAAGAUUUUAAACACUAAAAUGAGUAUAUGUCAGACUGGCAUAAAUUAUGUGGAAAUUGCAGGGUGUACAAUGAUUUUAAAUGUUAAUAUCUUUUCUGACAAAAAACAAGUUAUUAUCAAACUAUUAUCAACAAGUAAGCUGAAACCGAUUAUGCUAUGUUGUGGUGAUACUGAUUUUUGUUUGCUGGGAUAAAAUAAAGAGCCUUCCAAUAAAGCAUAAAGUCAGUGCAGUAGGAAAGCUGGACGGGACAAAGAAAGGAGUGUAUUCUGUAUAUAAAAAACUUUUAUUAGAGUGACCAAAAAAUAUAGAUAUAAAAUAUUACUAGUACCUUUUGUAUAAACAUAAAAGCACUAAAAUAACUUUUAUAAACAAAAUGAUUCCUGCCACAGAGAUAUUUUUACUUCUUUUUUUCUGACCCCCUCCAGAUUUUGUGAGGCAUAUGAUGUAAUUUUAGAUUUAUAUAUUUAUAUAAAUAUAUAGAUUGCCUCAGUUUGCCUCUUCCCUGCUCCUGUUUGUUUUGUGUUUAUCCAGGUCAGAAGUUUUUCAUAGUUCAAGGACCCUUGCAUUUUGGUAAAAGAGAAACUGUUGGUUAGGAAAGUCAGAGCUUGUAACAUUGUUUGACUGAGAAUGGAGGGUUCUGUGCUGGAAACGUGUGAACAGGUUUCCUUAUGAAAAUGAGUAAAAUGCAUUUAAAAGUUGUAUUAUAUUAGAAAGGUUUUCUUUGUGUGUUUGUCUGUGUGUGCACAUAUUACCUGGUGCUGGCUAUGUUUUAAGACCACACUUUAAGGUAAUUAUGUAUUCUUGUAUUGUAAUAUAAAUAAUUAAAAUAUUUUAUACA